CCAAGUUGUUAUCCCAAUUUUUCUUUCCUCUCAAAGAACAUGGCAGAAUCAUUUCCGUCAACGAUUGCAGCUAACAUUUUGACGGAGAUAGACUUCCUUACUUCCUCAGACAGUGGCUUGUCAUCAAGGAUUCGAAAAGAAAUAAUGAAGGCCAAAGAAAUCUUGUUCAAGGGGAAAGCCGUACUCAUGAAGGCAGAGGCACAACAGUUACAUAACUGCGAGCUGCAGGACGGGCUCGAAAAGCUUUCAGAACUGUUGUAUGACGCUGAGGAUCUGUUGGAUGAAUUGAAGUGUGAAGUACUGGCGAAACAGGUAGGCAAACUCAAUAUUGUCAAAUAUAAUCUUAAAAUCAAGGUGACUAGAAAAAUAUUAGAUGAAAAGAUAGAUAAUAUUCGGUCUAUAUCUAUAGCUGUUAAGGAUCCAGACACCAAGCUUGUUUCUUCAGGAGAGAAUGUAAUGACCCAUCCCUUUGUCGGUACUCCUCAAGAUUUUGGACGAGACACUGAUGAGGAAAACAUUAUAAAAUUGUUGAUGAAACCAAACAAAGAAGCUGAAAGGGUGUCUGUAAUUCCUAUAGUUGGAUUAGGAGGUAUUGGAAAAACAACUCUUGCCAAACUAGUGUAUGAUGACAAAAGGAUAGAUGAACACUUCAAGUUAAAAAUGUGGGUAAGUGUACCUGAGGACUUUGAUAUGAUUAAGAUAAUGAAAGAAGCCUAUACUUCUGCAACUGGUAAAGAUCAGUCUGAAUUAGGAGUCGUUGAGUUAGAAGACUGCUUGUUAAACGAAUUGGCUGAUAAGAAAUUUUUGCUCGUCUUGGAUGAUGUGUGGAAUGAAAAUUAUGAUCGAUGGAACAAGUUAAAACAAUUAUUCACGCAAGAAGCAAACGGAAGUAAAAUUGUGGUUACAACGCGUAGUAGCCAAGUUGCGUCAAUAACGGGCACUGUUGAUAGUUAUCUUUUAGAAGGCCUUUCUCCGGGGGAUUGUAUGUCGUUGUUUGUGAAAUUCGCGUUUGGGGAUGAAACAGACAAAGCAGAAUCAGAAUUCAUUGGAAUUGGGAAAGAAAUAGUGGAAAAAUGUGGCGGUGUUCCCUUAGUUUUAAAAACUUUAGGAGCCCUACUUUAUAAAAACACAGAUCCGGAGGAGUGGAAAUUAAUUAGAGAUAGUGUCAAAUGGGAGCCAGAAAAAGAUAGAGAUAACAUUCUAUCAGCGUUAAAAUUGAGUUAUGCUCAUUUGCCAUCUCAUUUGCGAAGAUGUUUGGCCUAUUGCUCUUUAUUUCCAAGGAAUACUUGUUUUAACAGUGAUUAUAUGAUUUGUAAUUGGAUGGCGCAUGGUUUUCUUAAAUUUCCAAAUGAAAAUGAAGAUUUGGAAGAUGUUGGGUUGCGAUAUUUGAAGAAAUUAUUUUCGAGGUGUUUCUUUCAGGAUAUUGAAGAUCGUGGUUAUUUUUUUACAUUUAAAAUGCACAAUCUUAUAUAUGAUCUUGUGGAGAAGAUGGCACAAAGAAACUACAAAACGGUAGAUCUCAGAAUCUUGCUUGACGAUGUAAAUUGUCGACAGUUGUCAUUUCUUGGCAAUGCUCGACAUUUUUCAUUUCUUGGCAUUGCAAAUGGUAAUAAAAAAGUUCCAUCUAUUUCGAACAACUUGCGGACCAUCAUCAUGCAAAGUCUACAAUCUCAGCGUGUUGCUGAAUCUUUCGUCAGUAAAUGGAUAUCGAAUUUUAAGUGCCUCUGGCUGUUAUGCUUAAGCGGUUUACAAUUCAAAGAGCUGCCAGAUUCUGUAGCUGCAUUGAAACAUUUGAGAUUUCUUGACUUAUCCUGGAAUUCAGAUUUGGAGAAACUCUAUGAUACUAUUUGUAAGCUUCUGCGUUUGCAAACCUUAAAACUUCGUGGUUGUUCAGCUCUUAAGAAUUUACCCCGUAAUAUACAGAAGAUGAUUAGCCUUAGACAUUUGGAAUUAACUAUACAGUGGGAGCGUCUACCACCAAUUGGAGCUGAAUGUUUCAAAUCUCUCCAGUAUCUGCACUUAUAUAAGUGUAAGAAUCUAGAAAGUUUGCGUGAAGGGAUGGAAAGUCUCACCACCAUCCGAACAUUGAUUUUGCAAGGUUGUGAUAGCUUGACCACGUUGCCAGACAAUGUAAAACUUCUGGAGACGUUAGAGAAGCAAGUGAUAUCCAGCUGUCCGAAGCUUAAUCUGAAGAUGGACUUGCAAGGGGAAGAUCUCAUCCUGACGCUUAAAGUGUUCAUGAUUUAUGAAUUGAAAGAGCUAGAGGACUUACCCCAAUUAAUACUUCAAGGGUCUGCUAACACUUUAGAGUACAUCCGUAUUGAAGAAUGUCACAAGCUCACAGAAUUACCGGCAUGGCUUGCAAGUCUCACAGCCCUUCAAAAACUUGAGAUUGUGAGUUGCUCAGGAUUGUCAUCUCUGCCUCCUGGGAUGGAGAAACUCACUGCCCUUAGAGAAUUGAAGAUACAAAAAUCUCCUCCCCUGAGUGAAAGCUGCAGACGGAAGCCGCUAAACAUUCUUAAUUUGGAGAGUCAUCUUGACCCUGAAGUUGCUUCAUCAUCGAGGGACAAUGAAUGAUCGAUCAGUUUUCCUGGAGGUUCUGUCAAAGUCUUCAGCAAGUGCAAGAAGUUUCGAUUCCGAUUGCUGCUAAUGUGAUGUUUUUUUAUCUUUGUGUUCUUGAAUUGUUAUUUGGGGUGUAUUUGUCACUUUUUGAAAUUUGCGGUUGUUGUACUUCAUUGAACUUAAAGGGAAAAUGGAAAUUCCCUAUUUUUCUGCUUGAUUGAGUGCAUGUUUGUACUGAAUAACCCUUUGGAAAGU